AUGGCUGACCCGACGCGUGCGUUUGGCUCGUUCAACGAUUACAAGACGGACGUCGAGCCGGUACUCGCGGACGCCAACGUCCUGCAGAAAGUCGUCGCCGCAGAGCGAAACCUGCGCAUGCCAGAAUGCAUCGGGCUGCUCCACGACAUUGCACGUCUCCUCGAGUGUGCAAUGGUUGCGUCGCAUGGCCAGAAUUACCACGCGUCGAUCAUCGGUCUCGCGAUCAAGUACCAGACGCUGGUCGACGCCCUACGCAGUGCGAGCUCCACGCACCUUCAAACGUCAAUGGAAGCUCUCAAGCACCUCAAGCUGGCUUUUUUUUGCCUCCAGAAACACGAAUGCGACGACGCAAAAGCGCUGCUAAAGGCGCUACCCACGCUCGCCGCACGCUCGGAAGAGGUGGCAUCUGCUCACGAGAAACAGGUUAUCGCCUUCUGGCGCGACGGCAUGGCCCGAUUGAAUGAGGUACUAACAGCCAACGCUCACAUGAGCUGCGCCGUGCGAUUGGCCGAAGAGAAGCCCGCCCACGGUUGCCGAGCCCUGGCGCAGCUCGAGAUGACCAUAACGGCGCUCGGUCGCAUGAAGACGUGCUUUGAAGACGUGCGUAUGUUUUGGGCGAUGUUCAAGGAGCACUGCUACAAAAUCGCUGGCCCCAACAAGAUCUCGGAGGCAAGCUUCAUGGCCGUCGCCCAAGAAGACACUGACUUGCUCGUCGAGGCCAUGACCAAGGAAUGGUACCGGUGGCUCGCGCUCGCCAAGACCAACUACACGGCCAUGUGCGGCAUGAACGACGUCCAGACGACCGUGCGCCGCAUCCUGUCGACAUUGCCCAACUCGGCGGAAUCCAGUCUCGUGAAGGAUUUGAAGUCGAAACUCGAAGAAAAUGCCGCGCUCCUCCAAGCCCAGAUUGAGGAACAAAGAAAUGCCACCGUCGCUCUCUACCUACUCUAA